AUGCGGAGGGGAGGCGCGCUCCAGACCCCAGACGCGGGAGCGGUCCGCGCGGACGGACAGGCAAGCGGCACCAGAGAGCUCGCUCGAAAAGCCGAGGAGUCCAAACCCGACUGCCCACUCAAAGGAGAGGAAACGAGCCCGAUGGCAGCCGCCGCACCCACGCCAUCCCCAUUCGUCGCCUCCACCCGCCGCUUCGCCCCUCGCCUCCGCUCCUUCUUCCUCCCCGCCGCCGCCAUGCCCCCCUCCUCCGCCCCGAACCCCAGCUCCGGCGCCGGGGUGGAGGUGCCCCAGCUCCCGCACUCGACCCUAGAGGUCGCCGGCGCGCGCCGGGGCCUCCUCUCCGGCUUCGCCAGUCUCCGCGCCCCCUACAGCGCCUUCCCCGUGCUCGCGUCGAACCGCCACGUCGAGACCAUCUUCGCCGCGUUCAUGCGUUCGCUCCCCGCAGUCAAGCUCCGGCGCGAGUGUCUCCGCGCCCCCGACGACGGCGCCGUCGCUCUCGACUGGGUCUCCGGCGACGAGCGCGCGCUCCCGAUAGACGCGCCGGUGCUCAUACUCUUGCCUGGUCUAACAGGGGGAAGUGAUGAUACAUAUGUAAGGCAUAUGCUUAUAAGAGCUAGAAGCAAAGGAUGGCGUGUUGUGGUAUUUAAUAGCCGUGGAUGUGCAAACAGUCCUGUGACUACACCCAAGUUCUAUUCUGCUUCAUUUACUGGGGAUCUCCGCCAAGUUAUUGAUCAUGUUUUAGGCCGCUACCCCCAAUCUAAUGUCUAUGCUGUGGGUUGGUCUCUUGGAGCAAAUAUUCUAGUGCGCUACCUUGGCGAGGAAACUGAUAAAUGCCCUCUAUCUGGUGCUGUCUCCUUGUGCAAUCCAUUUAAUCUGGUAAUUGCAGAUGAAGAUUUCCACAAAGGGUUUAACAACAUCUAUGAUAGAGCACUGGCUAGGGCUCUGACGGCUAUAUUUAAGAAGCAUGCACACAUUUUCGAAGGACUGGAGGGGGAAUAUGAUAUACCCAAGGCAGCCAAUGCAAGAACUGUUAGAGAUUUUGAUGAGGGGCUAACCCGAGUUUCGUUUGGUUUCAAGUCAGUGGAUGAUUAUUACUCCAAUUCAAGCAGCUCAGAUUCCAUCAAGAAUGUUUGCAUACCCUUACUGUGCAUACAGGCGGAUAAUGACCCAAUUGCACCAUCUAGGGCAAUUCCCAGAGAAGAUAUCAAGGCAAACCCAAACUGCCUACUUAUAGUAACACCACAGGGUGGCCAUCUUGGAUGGGUAGCAGGUGAUGAAGCUCCAUUUGGAUGUCCUUGGACUGACCCUAUUGUAAUGGAAUAUCUAGAAUAUAUUCAGAACGAAAAGAACUCAAGUACCAAAAAUAACAUAUCCUAUGGGCAGCACAGUGCUCCAGAGACAUCAGUACCCCAUCUAACAGUGCAUGUACAGAGAUAGUAACAUUUCCAUUCCAGGAGUGAUCCCAUUCGCUACACAUUUUAUGCACAUGGUCAUUUAGCUGUAUGUUCUGCUGCUGAAUUUGCCACAUCGUUUGACGAAGACAGAGGUCUGAUUUGUGAUAACAAUUUUACGUCAAAAAAGAAGAUUGCCGUGGUUCUGAAUACCUUAAAUAGUUUAUGGUAGUUUUUCCCCACUAUUCGCUUCCAGUUCUAUUUCAAUCUUAUAAGGCUUCAUUGGUCAUUGGCAUGACUUGCUGAAUCGAAUUGUAUGUAAUAUAAUACAUGUAGUUCAAUUCCACCACAAAGAUCCAUCAAUUGCUAAUUCUCUACCUUUGGUGGUGAAUGAAUACUGAUCUUGAGUUGCUGACAGGUAAUAACAGACCAUGAUUUUUAUUUUCC